CAUGACGAACACAGUACGGUGUUGCACACGGUCCGUACUAGGUGGACACCGGACACCAGUGCAGUCUCGCUGUCGGACGGUUUUAUAACUCACUUCCCCUCUUUACGAGUUGGUGUAGGGGAGGAGGGUGGAUAUUGUACUCUUGAAUGUCACCUGCAUACACCUGUGUCUCUUUCCUCUCAUUUGUCACCGUCUGUAUGAAACAGUAGGCUAGUAGCAGCCGCCCUCUGGUCCAGCACUUUCUGUGUCAUUUGUGAACCUGUCCCGUUGUCUCCCAGCUUCUAGGUUUUGCUCCAGGCAGCAAAAUGGACGCAGGAGACGUGAAGAGGAAAACAACAGCAGGAGUUUUGUCCUCACAGAAACACCCUGAGGCAACUUCGACUCAGACCGACUGAACUGUCCAUGGCCCGCGUUCUUUCCCUGUUUCGGCCUCAGGCUUUUCUGGCCCUUGUGGACAGGAGAAAACCUGUGUUGUGCAAAAUGUCAAUGGACUCACGGGCACGCAUGGUGUUUGCAGCCGCUGUGGAAGCUGUGCAGCCUGACACUGUGGUCCGGCAGAGUAUAGAGCGCAAGAAGGACUCAGUCAUUAUCAAUGGUCACAAGUUCACACUCAAUCACAACUUGCACUUGGUGGGCUUUGGAAAAGCUGUGCUGGGUAUGGCUGCCGAAGCCGAGAGGAUCGUGGGCGAUCAUUUGGUGAAUGGAAUAAUAAGCGUGCCACAUGGGAUUCAGCAGACAUUACGGCAGCAUGGAAAAGAACAUCUCUUGCUAAAAGAAAACAGUCGCAUCAAAGUGAUGGAGGGAGCGAAACACAACCUGCCUGACACUGAUGCCCAGAAGGCAGCUGACAGCAUCAAGCAGAUAGCCAGCGAGCUGACGGAGAACGACCUGCUACUUGUACUGAUUUCAGGUGGAGGCUCUGCACUACUACCUGCACCCAUCCCUCCAAUCUCACUGCAAGAGAAACAGGAAGUGACCCGCAAACUUGCAGGUGCUGGCGCCACUAUUCAAGAGCUGAACACUGUGCGACGUGCCCUGUCUCUCUUAAAGGGUGGAGGACUUGCACAUUGUGCUCACCCGGCCCAGGUGGUUUCACUCAUAUUGUCUGAUGUAAUUGGAGACCCUCUGGACUUAAUAGCCAGCGGCCCCACAGUGUGGACAGAGGUGUGGCCUGAAGAAGUUUUGUCAGUCCUUGAACGUUACAAGCUGUUGAGCUCUUUACCAGCCUCAGUAAAGGAAGUCCUCGGGAGACCAAGUCCCCGCUUGAGGGAGAAUAAUGAUGAAUCCAGUACGUCAGGAAAUGUUCUCAACACUGUGAUUGGCUCCAACAGCAUCGCCCUCCAGUGUGCAGGUCGCCGUGCUCGAGAGUUAGGCUUCCGUCCGGUUGUGUUGGCACCAGGAGUAUGUGGUGAUGUAAAGUCAGUCUCCAGACUGUACGGGCUCCUGGCCCGCUUCGCCUGUUCCAGAGAGGAACCUCCUCCAGAGAUUGCUGCUGAGGUGCUGAGGCUGGGGCCUGAAGUAGGCGUGGAGAGCUGGGACCUCUGCCGCACCAUGCAGGUCUUGGGUGAAGGGCGCACAGAAGGAUGGGGUUCCACAUGUCUGUUAGCUGGAGGGGAGCCCACCGUGGAGCUGACAGGCAUGGGUCGAGGUGGUCGAAACCAGGAGCUGGCCAUGCGGGUGGGGGUGGAGCUGAGAGGCAUGAAGCUCCCGCCUAACGGUCCUGUGUUCCUGAGUGGUGGAACUGAUGGUCAGGACGGACCCACUGAGGCAGCAGGGGCUAUCACAGAUGGGGGGUUGUGUGUAGAGGCCCAAGCACAGGGGCUGGACAUUGAAACCUUCCUUACUAACAAUGAUUCUUACACUUUUUUUACACGUCUUUCCAAAGGGCAGCGCUUACUUGUACCAGGCCUAACCUGCACGAAUGUGAUGGAUGUGCACAUGCUACUUAUUCCACCAAUUCCCAUUAACAUAAGAUAAUGCCGAAGCACAUGAGAUAAAAGUAUCUAAGUCCAGUGGGUCUGUAUGAAUAAAGCACUCUAUCAGUCUGUGUGGCUUGGCAUCAUAGUACAUGUUUUUUUUCCAACACUACACAGACAUUUUCACACUUAUCUGUGAAACUACAUGAAACACUGGUGUAGCUAUAUGAAAUUCUGAUGACCACAGAGUAUUGAAUUAUCUUUUUUUUUUUAAAUCACUGAAAAAACAAUAAAACACCCAAGCUCUAGUAAUUAAAGUGUGAAUAAAAUCAGUUUUUUUUUUUUAAUAUAAUAUCAAGCUAUUUCAACAAAGCUUUGCUGCUGGUCUCUUCAGGUACUUAGACACCUUAAAUAUGCCGCUGAUUUUAUUCUUUAGUUCAUCUGACAAGGACUAUGUACAUCAUUAAACAUUUCUGUAAACACA